AUGCACAGGCCCCUCCAGUCAACACUACCUCACAUCCCCCUCCAGUCAACACCACCUCACAGGCCCUACCAGUCAACACCACCUCACAGGCCCCGCCCAGUCAACACCACCUCACAGCCCCCCCAGUCAACACCACCUCACAGGCCCUCCCAGUCAACACCACCUCACAGGCCCCGCCCAGUCAACACCACCUCACAGCCCCCCCAGUCAACACCACCUCACAGGCCCCCUGAGUCAACACCAUCUCACAGGCCCCCCCAGUCAACACCACCUCACAGGCCCCGCCCAGUCAACACCACCUCACAGCCCCCCCAGUCAACACCACCUCACAGGCCCCCUGAGUCAACACCAUCUCACAGGCCCCCCCAGUCAACACCACCUCACAGGCCCCCUGAGUCAACACCACCUCACAGGCCCCUCCAGUCAACACCACCUCACAGCCCCCCCAGUCAACACCACCUCACAGCCCCCCAGUCAACACCACCUCACAGGCCCCUCCCAGUCAACACCACCUCACAGGCCCCCUCAGUCAACACCACCUCACAGGCCCCCCCCAGUCAACACCACCUCACAGGCCCCUCCCAGUCAACACCACCUCACAGGCCCCUCCCAGUCAACACCACCUCACAGCUCCCAGUCAACACCACCUCACAGACCCCCCGAGUCAACACCACCUCACAGGCCCCUCCAGUCAACACCACCUCACAGCCCCCCCAGUCAACACCACCUCACAGCCCCCCAGUCAACACCACCUCACAGGCCCCUCCCAGUCAACACCACCUCACAGGCCCCUCCCAGUCAACACCACCUCACAUCCCCCCGAGUCAACACAACCUCACAGGCCCCUCCCAGUCAACACCACCUCAUAAAGAUAAGGGAGUACAUUGUUUAUGA